GACAUUGAUAAGAUAUGAAACAAAAAAAGUGGGGUAUAAUGCAACUGUUUCCUUGGGCGAUUCUUUUCCUCCCAGGUUGUUUCUCUGGAUCACUGACCUGUCCCAGUACAGUGCAUGCGCCCUUGGGAGGGUUGCUGACUAUCCUAUGUAAUUACACAGAUUAUUCAACCAACAACAAAUACUGUUGCAGAGGAGAAACUUGGGAUUCUUCCUGCGAAAAAAUAAUUGCAACAACAAAGUCAUCCCCUGUAGAAAAACAGGGCAGAAUCUCUAUCAAUGAUACUCACAGCCUCCAUCAAUUUAGAAUCAUUAUAGAGAACCUGACACUGGAGGAUGCUGGGAAAUAUUGGUGUGGGAUAGAUAUAUCUUUAGGGUAUGAUCAGUAUAAUCUUGUCACUGUGGAGGUCUUCAGAGAAGAAUUGCCUCCUACCACAACAAUAGCUGUAACAACUGGGUAUUUUUCCACAGUCCACACUUCCAACACAGGACUGACUGACGACACCUCAAGCUCUCCUCUCAAAAUCGAGCUCUUUCUACCCAUUGUUCUUCUGGUGCUGAUGGUGGUUCUUUCAGUGGGAGGCCUAUUGGUGAUGUGGAGGCUGAAGAAGCGAAAAGCCGCCAAAGCAUGUGGACAUAGCCUUGUGCCUCUGUCCCAGGAUCCAAGUCGUGCUGAAUGUGAUGUUUCAAAUGCAACCAUAGCAGAAAAUGUCAGCCCAAACGACAAGACUCCUUCUCUCGACUCCAAUCAAGCUCUAAACUGUACUGUCCAAGUAGAAUAUACAUCUGUGAUAAGAACUGCAGCUCUUCCCACUCAACCUCAGUGACGAAAAGCACGAGUACAACGAGUGAAUAAAUCACAUCUGAUCAUACCUGCCCGUGUUCAUUUCUGCUCCAUGAUGAACACGUGUGUUGCUCCUAUGCACGUGUCGGGAAAUACGUCUAGUCAUAUUAGCCCGUGUCCGAUGAGAUACCAUUGAGUUCCACUCGCAGACGGUCGAUUUUCUUAAGCUUCCGCUUUCACCUUCCUGUCACUCUCUCUAGAACAGGUAGAUGGCACUAUUGUAUCUGAGUGUUAGUGGGGGGGAAUAGCCUCAUCUGACCUCAACUGUCAUUUCCCUUUAUGAAUCUCGCUCAGCUUUUGCCGAGGACACAGUUUAAGGACUGCUUUUCCUUACAAACAUACAUGAAUCUAUAAAAAAGA